CGUGGCUCACAGCGUUUGGUUCGUCGUGCGGGUGCUGCUCUAUAUAUCGAUAGCGUGUUUGGCUACAUAUAUCUGUGCCAUUGCUGGCGCUUGCCACUAUUGCCACCACUACUCAGCAGGGAUUGCGAUUCUCUAGACAGUGUGUUUUGAAUUCUUUUGGCCCUGGCCAACUUGCAAUUUAUGUGGCUAAUUAGAGGAAUAGGAGGCGGCGGCGGACCAUUUGUGCGUGACUCUCGAGCGCCGUAAGUGCUGCGCAUCGUUUACGUUUCGUGUGCCGCGCCCCUACCGCCCACCAGAAACAACAACGACAACAACGAAAAAAAAAGAAGAAACGAAUUAACACAACGUGCCGGAAAAAUAAUAAUACACUCAAGUUAUCAAAACACUUGAAGAGAACUGGAAAAAGCGAAGUUCGAAAUAACUGCAGUGCAAAAAAAAAAGCGAAAGGAAAUCGAAAUUUAGGGCAAAAGCGGAUUACGAGCAGCAAUAACAGCCGAAAGCGGAAAAUGCGAAUGAAAAUGAAACUCCAAGUGCGGGCAAACAAACAGCAAGACUGAAAAGUGAGUUGCGGAAAAUUCGUAAAAGUGCGUAGUAGAGCAGAUAGAAGGACCCCCGAAGUAAAUCAUUAAAUCAUAUGGAAAUGUGAACGCGUCACUCUGCCUCAUUAACGAUUUCCCAUUUUCGAUUUUCCAUUUCCCAAUCAACCAACAAUACCAAUACCGCACUCCAGCUGCGUGCGGAUCAUCAAUUAAUUCCAGUCAGUUUUCGCACUUUAAGCGCCAAAAAAAGCAGCAAUAAAAAGGAGUAUUCCCACACAAAGAGAGCGCACAAAUUAAUGACACAAUAACACACUGCGGUUUCAUUUGUAGUGGAUUCUCGACCAGCAAUCCGCCGAAAUAAAAAAAAAACGAAAGGAAUGUCCAUAAAAGGGCGAAUAAACAUGUAAAAGCACAUUAAGCGAUGCUACGGACUUGAUCUGACUCACACGGACAUGCAUUCGUAAAUGUCGGCGGAAAUGCUCUUUUUAUGGGCCACGAGUACAUUGGCGCUUCAUUAAAGCCAACGGCGGAAGCGGAAAUAGCCGAGCGGCCAUAACAAGGAGACGCGUGUUUAUUGGCGCCAGGUCAGAAGCGCAGAAACGCAGAAACCCAAACUGCCAACUGCCAACUGCAAACUGGCAAACUGCAACAUUCUGUACUCCUUGGCAAUACUUGUAUACUCUCGCUUGUUUCUUUGACACUUUGGUCAAAUUGAAGUUUGCCACAUAAAUGACGAGACGGUCUUGCGUUUGGCACAACGCACCGCAAGCACGACAAAAUGACAGCCAUGCAGCUUUUAUUGCCAACAAGCGGAAUGCCAACAAAUACACUGGAAACCGAAACACCAGCCAUGCAAACGACAUAUUGGCCAAGACAAACCGGCAACAGCAAAAGCAAAAGCAACACGAACUGCAAGUGCAACAUCAACACACAUCGAAAAUCACGGACGAGAUGCCCGGACAAUGGGAAAACGAUUUGGGCUGUCGGCUUCACGUUGGUCCUGUUGACUUGCCUGCAGCAACUGAAAUCGGUUUCGGCGGACGAGGAGUCGCAGGAUUUUCAAAAGAACAUACCCGCUCGAUUGGUUUGGGCCGCUUUGGGCAAAACGGUGGAGCUGCCCUGCGAUUUGACGCCGCCCACGUCGCAGGAUUCGGUGAAGCUGCUACUGUGGUUCAAGGAUACCACGGGCAUUCCUCUGUACAGUCUGGACUCGCGGGGCGGAAACGUGAAGUUGGCGCCACAUGCGGCCAUAGCUAGCGAUCUGGGGCAACGUCUGUUCUUCAGCAUCGGCGAUAAUCCCAAGGAUUCGCGCCUGCAAAUCAACGAUGUGAAGCCGGAGGACGGAGGCGUCUAUCGGUGUCGCGUCGACUUCUUCAACUCACCAACGCGUAACUUCAGGCACAACCUGACCCUAGUUGUGCCUCCCGAGGAGCCGCGCAUCUUCGAUGCCCAGGGCAAGGAGAUAUCCCAGAUGGCAGGACCCUUCCGAGAGGGCUAUGAGCUCUUCCUCUGCUGUCAAGUGAGGGGUGGACGACCCCCGCCCAAAGUCACCUGGUGGCGCGACGACACCGAGCUAAUCGGCACCAGCCACACAUCCGUGGAGGAGGGCGCCACCGUGAUGGUUAAUCAGCUGCUGAUUGGAACCACCACGCGGGACUUCUACGGAAUACGCAUCGAGUGCCGGGCGCAGGGAACUCGACUGGUGGAUCCGGUCCGCAAGGAUGUCACCGUGCAGGUUUACUUGAAACCGGUGCGCGUAAAGAUUGCAACUCCCAACGAACUGCUGACCGCUGGCCAACCGAUGCCCAUUCGCUGCGAGUCCUGGGGCUCAUAUCCUGCGGCCAAGAUCACCUGGCUGCUCGACGGCGAGCCCAUCCGCAAUGCCGAGGUCACCGUUCACAGCGACAAGGAGGACGGGAAUAUCACAACGAGUAUCCUGACAUUGAAGGUAACAUCGGAGAACGAUAAUGCCGAGCUGACGUGUCGCGCCACGAAUCCCUGGUUCUCCGGUGGCGCCAUCGAGGACAAGCGCAUCAUUCGCGUGGCAUAUCCGCCCACGGUUUCGGUGCAUUUGGCCAACGAGGAUCCCAGCCGGCUGGUGACGCGAGCCGAGGGCCAGAAUGUCACUUUCAAAUGCCGGGCAGAUGCCAGGCCGCCGGUAACCAGCUACUCCUGGUUCAAGAAUGGCAUGCGAAUGUCGGGCGAGAGCACGGAAAUAAUGCACUUGACGCAAUUGGAGAGGGAAAGUGCGGGGGCGUACGCCUGCGGGGCCACAAAUACGGAGGGCGAGACCCGGAGUUCGAGCCUCACUUUAAAAGUGCAGUUCUCCCCGCGCUGUAAAUCGGGCACCGAACAAACCUCCAUUGGAGCCGUCAGCCUUCAUUCGAUACUGGUCAAAUGCGAGGUGGAUGCCGAUCCGCCGGACUCCGUGCGCUUCAGUUGGACCUACAACAAUACCCGGAACGUGUCGCCGGUGCUCAACUCGAGGAUACAGUCGAACGGACUGGCCAGCACGGUGACGUACCUGCCCCAAACGGAUUCCGAGUUAAUAACGCUGGCCUGCUGGGCCAGCAAUGCUGUGGGACGCCAAACGACGCCAUGUCUGGUGCACAUCCUGCCGGCAAACACUCCGGAGGCACCGAAGGCCUGCGAAUUGCGCAACGACACCGUCCUGGAGGUGGUUUGUGUGGCGGGCAGUGACGGAGGACUUUCGCAAUACUUCAUGCUGGAGGUGGUGGGCGGAGACCCACUCUACUCUGGAGAUCCGGGUGGAUCGGCGGGCCAGGGACGAGGCCAGUUCAGCGAGGCCAUCGGCCUGGGCGACAACGAGAUAUCCACGCUGAAUGAUCAGGCGACAUCUGCACCCAUCUUCCGCAUGCAGGAGAACAGUCCACAGUUUCGUUUGAAUAAUUUAGAACCGGGACGUGAAUAUCAAUUUUUAGUUUACGCCGUCAACGCCAAAGGACGAAGCGAACCGCCAGUGGUGAUUGAGAAUGUACGCGUGGCCGCCCAACUGGGACCAUAUGACGAAUCCAUUCUGUCCGAGGACCCAACGCCCGCAGAAACAACGCAUCAUGGAGGCGGCGGCGUGGGCGGCAGCGGGAGCUCCAGCGGCCUGGGCACCGGCGCCAGCACGGGCAGCGGUCCGGAGAAGCAAUCGACGCUGCUGAUACUCGCCGCCGUCGUGGUGAUAGGCGCCGUCGUGGUGACGUCAAUUAUCGUGGCCGGCAUCGUCGUGGUCUGCCGGCACAGGCCGCGGCCACCUGAGCCGCAGGAGGUGCGCAAGAGCAUGCGGCCGGCGAGAAACGAUGUGCCGAGCAUGUAUAUCGAGGAGGACGAGCUGAACGAGCUGGAGGAGGGCGGCGGACGAGCGGCGGAUAUUAGGGCACGGGUGGCCCCGCCCAACUCGCACCUGUGCGGUGGCGGCGGGAUGCCGAUGCCCGGUGGCGUUGGGUCAAGUGGCGGGGCCAUUGUGGGCGUGGCCGGACCCCAUCACUACAUCUCCGAGAGCUUCAUCCAGUACGCGCAGCCCAGCCUAAACGGUACUAUUCCAAAAUCUAUACUCAACAAGCUGUAGUAGUAUGUAGUAUGUAGUGGUUAUUUAUCCGUAGUUCUAGUCAAGUAGUCAUCAAUUUAUCAAUCCCUGUAUCUAUGCAUCCGUGCUUUGAGGCUGCGAUUGCGAUUGUGAUUGCAACUCCCAAAUUGGUUGUGCUCAAGAACUUUUGAAUUGCAACUCGAGUGCGCCCUCGAUAUUAAUUUGUAUUUGUAUUCGUAGUUUUAGUUGAUUGUUUUGCCUUAUGUAGAAAUGCACUUGCCUGUAUAUAUUUAGUACACAUUACUCACCUGAUUUGUAGCCAUUAUGAAGAUUAGUUUAACAUCUUGUUUCUCGGUAAAACUGUGCCAAGCGAAUAAAUUGCCAAAAUCGUUUUGGAAUGCACACGAACACGAAUUUGUUUUUAAACUGGCAACUGCCUGUUGGCCACUCAUAUAACAAGACACUCAAUGUUUUUAAUAUUUUUUGAUUGUGCAAAAUUGAUUUGCAAUUUAAUAUUUAGUGAAGUACCAGGCAUGUGAGUAGUUUGCGUGGUGGCCGCGCAGGAGAUCAACGCACCACAGGCAAAACAAUUAGGUUGGCUUGAGCUGGCGCUAAUGAUGCGGUUGAACACCAAAUUGGCUGGCAACUAAUGAAUUGGAGCACAUGUAAAUGAAAAACUAAUUGCCCCUCAUUUGGCAUUCACAAAAGUAGCUUAUGGCAUACGAGUACACUCUUUUCCAAUUAGCGCAGAUCAAAGUAUUUAAUGUCGUUACAUUUGCGUUGAAUCGCAUUCGAUUUGAUUUCAAUUUCGAUUCGAUUUCGAAUGAGUUGAGCGACUGAAGCGUUUAGAGUCGAGUAUUUGAAAGAUAUUUUGCAAUUGACGGGCACCCGAUAUAGACAACACCCUUCCACUAAGUUCCCGCCUGACCUAGCCAUAGUACUCCCCCUCACUUUCUCUAUAUCUCUAUUGCUCUCUCUCACUCUGUCUCCGAAUCUAACUAACUCUGUAGGUAGCGAAACACUAUCCACUUGCUUUCCAACUGUCUUAAUCCUCGACUUGAAGUUGUAAAUACCUUGCCCAGUAUUUAAAGCAAUGUAGUGUGUGCCCCCACUCUCCACAAGUAACCGAGUAUGAGUACGAGUACAUUCGCAGCGUUGUCCUUGCUAGAGUCCUAACUCCUAACUAUACCAUGUUAUCCAUCCACCCAGGCGACGUGCUGCUGCCCCUGCUCGUUACAUCCAGCCAGCCUUGCAGCACUAACUCCACCAUCUCGAGCGUGGUCCUGGCCAUGCCCCAGGCGAAACUAUGUCCUGAUCCUGCGAGCCGAAACACUGCCUGGCCGCCCGAAUGUAUGCAAAGUAAAUUUUAUGUAACUAAAUCCGUGCAGCAGGUCGAACGACACAACCCAAGCCAGAAAACGAAUACGAAAUCGAAACAGACACAGAUACAAAUACUGAAACUGAAGCUGAAACAGGAACAACUGCAUCUGCAGCUGCAGCAGAUGGGCAGCCAUGUCUAAAACCGAAAAUUCUCUGUCGAAUUUGGCAGUCGGAGAUGUAGAAUGCAGGGGAUGUCCGCCUCUCAAGUAUUUUUAAUAUCCCCAUACCCGAGAACAUUGCUGUAGUACAGUACUUGCUCCAUUUCACAUUUUAAUUUGUCGUCCAUUUGGCAUCCCAAUUUACUUUGCUUGUUACGUUGCCACAUCCCUGCACUCACAUGUCUUUCAUCUGAUUUCCUUUAUUCCCUUUGUGCAUUUGUAAUUAUUUUAGCUUGGCUUUGUUGCCAUGCAAAUGACGCAAAAAAUAUCAAGAAAUAUCCUUUCAUUUGUGGCAUUUCUUAUGAUUUUCUUUGAUGCGAUUGCUAACUCGUUUUUCUGCCGAAUAGAUCAGAGAUAUUAAAUCAAAGCUAAUUGGAGUAUAUGAGCUUUUUCUUUUUCUCAUCAAUUCAAGGCUAGAUACACAUUUGACUAGCGCAUCGGAGAGUGCAGGCAAAUAUUGUUCUUAAAAAGGAUAAAUGCAGCAUGGCCCCCAGACAAUCGGGGGAAGUCCAGGAACAUGGGGCUGUUUGCUUAGACUUUGUUUUUUGUUGACAUUUCUGUUUAUUUUCCUCUCUAGCUAUGUGGGUUGUCCGCACUCCACACUGCACACUACUUGUCGCUCAUGUAUCACUCAGUGGAGUGCCAAGUUCUUUUGGGAUAAAUCGCAUAAAUUUCGUAGCGCAGUCGACGCACUGGCAAGCAAACAUAUGUACUAUGUGCGUAAACAUGCCUCAGACAGCAACAAAUUUGCAAAAUAUUUUGCUGUUUUAACCCAUUUCGCCAGCUCUCCCAACCAACCAACUUUAACCCGCCCAGAAGCCACCCAGCUCACUCUGUUUGCUGUGCUAGCUCGUGCAGACUUUGUUUUAACUUUGAAUUGCAUAAAUUUUAAUUAUUUCGAAAGCACUAAAUUAAAACACAAAAAUAAGCACAAAGGCACACAAACACCAGUGAGUUUUGCCUGCGCCUGACGUGCCGACAUGCCGGCAAAUGCAAAUAUUAUUUAAUGGGCAGAUGUGUCGUAUACGUGAUAUUAUUGCUAACAUAACAUCGCUCCCCCUCUGGUUCUUUGGGCAUCCGAUGCGUGGGUUCAAAUGUCGCAAAUUAGCUAAAUUUGAUUUUGUCAGCGAUUUAAUUUUAUAUUUUCAUUACAUUCUGCAUGUCCUUCCGCUCGUUAAUAUCAUCGUUUUUUAUUUUCUCUGCCCCCUGCCAGUACGUUUAAUUUAUGUGCGCCGGGGGUUUGUGGGGCAUGUGACAUGACACGACUCACACACAAAAACCCACCCACCCACAUUCGGAAUUCCCGCUCCAGUGCUGCCCUUUCACCCGGCAGAACGUAAACCAAGUCAACUGGCUUACAUGGCACUAACAAGUGCCAAAGUCGGGCUGAAGUGCGCCGAAGGAGCGGUCCAGAAAAUUUUCUUGUAGCUGUUGCGCCCGGAUGCCAAAUAGGAACACACAGUUUGGGAACUCUCUUCGCUGGGAUUACACUGAGCUGCAAAGCAGCUUAAGCGAUUCCUCGAAUACUGAUUGGGCAGAAAAACUAUUAGAUUUCAUCGAGAUUUUUAUUAGAGCAGGACCACAUCACGAGCAAAGUUUUUAGCUCUGAUCAAGAUCGUAUUAAUGCAGCUGUUUUACUUUUAUAUUGCUUUUGUUAUUAUCUUUUCAUAUCUGAUCACAUAUAGCUUAUGAGCCAAUAGUUUCUCAUUAUUGAAUGCUAGUUUCCCUACUUUUUGACUUAAGUGAAAAUUAUUGAGUCAGAGUAGUAAAAUUCCCAGGCUGCUGCUGCCCAGGAAUUAAUAGUCCCCGCAUUUACGCAGCGCUUUCAAAUUGAAAUAAAAAGGUCCUGGAAAGAGCAUAACGCUUACAGCGUCGUAACUCAAGGCAAACAAGUGAGCCACUGUGCGAGAGUAAAUGUGUAUAUACAUAUGUGUACACACUCACGGCCAGGAAAAGACACCCAUUCGCAUCUUUACAUCUCGACAGUUGCUGUCAUUAGCCAGCAUUUUUAAUUGCAUAUGCCAGGCUCGCGUGCUCCACCGUACAGGUGGCACUGGCACCGAGCAACGAAGGGCGAAUCCCCCAGAGCAGUCAAAUUCGUUUGGCUUUUUGUGGCCCCACCCUCGGCUAUAUCUGCGUAUGGUGGUGAUGAUGGAAUGAGAUGGAACUGCCGCUUUUUUUUUUUGUUUUCGCACAUUUGUUUCAUUUCUUGCUGCUCCAUUCAUUUGGCCCAGCAUCGCGUUUUUGUCUCAUUGUUGCUGUUUGUCUUACUGUUUGUGUGAGUCAAGAGUCGCGAAUGUCUGAGCCACGUUUGUGUGGCCUUCGUCCUUGCUGGCCCGGCUUUUUCUAUGCGUAUUUGGAUUGUAAGUAAUGCGAGUGGGUUGCAGAUGCCAGAUUGUGGGAUGUCGGUAGAUUGUAGCUGCUAGCUUGUACGCUGUACGCUGUAGGUUCCAUGUGCACUCCAGCGGCACUCGUCUAAUUAGACAAAGUUGAGACCCAGCCACACAGCAGCCACUCGAAAUGAGCACACGGCGCCAUUUGCUGCGGCUAUGUUAUGUGAUGGCAUGGCAGCAUUAUCUUAAAGACUCCUUAAAGCACAUGACUGUGUGUGUGUGUGUGUGUAUCGGUCUGCGAGCUCUCACUUUGAUGUCUCUGUCGUGCCACAAAAAAUGCCGCAGAAUUUGCCUGAGCAACAUUGUUUAUGCGGCAGCAGAGGAAUUACACAGCACGAAAUAUCUUUCAAUUAACUUGUAACGAGUUGCCUACCACUUAUAGUUCCCACAAAGUCACAUGAAAUACGUUUGAAGUAUUAGUGUUUCUAGGUAAAGAAAAAUAUUUUCGAGCAACAAUGAAACUAAUUAUUUUCAUAUACCUUUCCGCGGAAUCCUUAAUGCAAUUUUGAAGCAACUUGCCGGUUGAUUAUUAUUUUCGAUUCCCAAUUCUCUAUAAUAACAAUUUCUUUUUGUGCACACACGCACUCGCUGUCCGGAAUCCUCAAUGUCAACGCUGUUCAUUCAUUUGUCGCCGCACUUCCGUUUCCGCUGCCCCUACUCCGCGCACCCCCUCACACUUUCCACCCCUGGCAUUCCCAUUCCCUUUAGAGGGUUUUUCCGCUUUUUGUUGGGCCAUCCAGGCUGGCAACAUUUUUGCGACUUUUGACAUUUUUUAAUGCUGUCAGGCAUGGCGUGAAAGUAAACGUGAAAGGCCACAGCCACAGCUACAGCCUCCAAAGCACACGCACUUACACACACAUUGAAACUCCAGAGGGCUGCCUUAGUUUGUGCGCCUUUAUGGCCCAAAGACGCCACACAAAUGUGACAUAAAAGGCGAUAAUAAUAAAAUAGUACAGGGUGCUCGGGCCGAGCCACGUCAAAUAGCAAACUGCAAAAUCGUAAACAACAAGCGCUAGAUGACGCUCAAGAUUCACUUGAUUCACCCGGGCGACACAAUAAGUCGGACCACAAUAAAAACUUAGACCCAGCUGCGCUGCCACAUGAAUUCCGGCGAAAAGUGCCAUAAAAAUUAAGAAAUUGUUGAAUUAUUUUACGUUUACGAGCGCAAGGGCCAAUGGGGAGCGGGUCGCCCAGUGAAAUAAAGUGAAUAUUAAUAUCGAAAUGUUGUUGAUGUGGUUGUUUCUUGUUAUCUCCUGUGAUUUCUGUUUCUGUUGCUGUUACUAUGGCUGUUGUUUUGGCGUUUUAUUAGAUGCUAUAUUAUUUUGUUAUCAGCGCACAAUUGGUCACGCUUUCGCUACGUACAUAUUUACUAAUGGCUCUCUUUUUCUUUUCGCCUCUCAAAUAAUAAUUUGCAACUCUGUGUUAUGAUGUCAUUUUGCAAGUGUUGUGAAUCUAAAAACCAAUAGAAAGCAACCAAACCAAAUCAAAGCAACCAAACAAGCCAAACCAAACUAAUCGGUAUAAACAUUUUGCCUUUGUCUCUCUAUUUCCGGUUACACCCACACUUACACACUCUUAACCCCACACUCACACACACGCGAACUCAUUACUCACUCUCACAUGAAUUUAUGUCUCAACCACCACACACAUACACACACACUCACAACGCCAUCCUUUACACAUAUGCCAUUGUUGUUGAUUUUGUUUUAUACCAACCAACCAAAGUGUAUAUUGCAGACCCGGAUCUGAUAUUGCCGCGCGGCGAAUUGGAAUUUACGACCCUGGAUCCAACGCUGAAGUAAUUGUAAAAAGUAAUAAUAAAUAUCUACACACAAACACAUAGACACACACACACACACACAGACUCACUAGCGGUGAGGCCUCAUAAUUCACGGGCAUUUCAUUAAACAUAGCUGUAAAUUUUUAGCGUAAAUUUAAAUGCAUUAGCGUAAAGGUAAAUCGUGUUGCGUAACGUUUAAGCGGAAAGGCAAAUAGAUAAGUAUAAACCAUUUUGUAAUUGUCAGCCAUUAAGUGUCAUUCGAACCGCUGAAGGCGGAUGCAAAAUCAAAAAUACGAGCAUAAAUAUAGAACACAGAAGCUGCGCUAUAAAUACGCUACAAACUUGUAACUGAAAUCAAAAGUAUGAAACAUGUAAAUACCACAAUCACAACACACACUCAUUUUGCUGUUGCACCAUCGACUGUAUAUAGAGAACGGGCAAGCAUUAAUCAAACUGCAUUUAAAUGUUAAAUAUUAAUUGUAAUUAAUGAACAACUAGCCCGUAAGCCAGUAGUAGUAAGUAAGCCGUGUGUAUUGAAAGUGUAAUUAGACUCAUAGAGCCCACUAAGAGUUAUUGGCCAACGGACUUUGCACGAGGAAUAUGCCUCGGAUGUGUGCAAAUAUCUGGCCAUUUAUCCAUUAAUGUCUGCAUAGCCAUCUAGGAUUCAUUAGCUAAAGUUAAAGUCUGUCCCAUCCUGUUGCUGUCGUCCGAUCAUUGAAAUAUCAAAAUGUUUCCAACACAGCCGGCAGCGAUUCUGGGCCCUCGGCCCACCCCUUUUCCGCCCUGAUCCGGCAUUUUCAGUCGUAUUUAUUUAUGGCAAUUCCAUGAAUAUUCUAUUACCCCAAUAAGCCGAACCGACGGCAAAGAUGAAUAACAGCCGAAAAAACACACGAACAACAGUGGGUCAAGUGGGCCAUGCUCGAGUGCAUAAUGAAUAAAUGUCGAGUGAACAGGCAAUUCCCAGGGCCCUCAGCAAAUCCACUCACACAGGACUCCUACACUCAAACUACAACACAAACUCAAAGUCAAACAAUAAAUGCGAAUUCAGUGUAAAUGUUAUAAAUAACUAAAGUAACCGAGCAAAGUACGACAUAAAAAUAAUAAUAAUAAUAAUAAUAAUACGCCAUACACUUUACACAAUACUCCAAUGUAAUUCGAAUUCUAAUUUCAAAUAUACAAACAAACAUAAAGUGAAAUGGCAGACUAGCAAAAUAUACAGUGCGUAUGCGUAAUAAAAUAAAUUGAAUAUAGAUAUAUAUAUCUAUAUAUACAUCUAGAGAUGCAUACAAAUGAAAACACUGGGGCAAACCUUCCGUCUGCCCCCUAAUGUCGUUCUCUGUCUCUGUCACUCUGGACAAAACCAAACUGAUUGUUUUUAAGCAAAGUUAGAUUUAUAAAUAAAUUAAAUUUAAAUGCGAACGAGAAACGCAAACUUAAAAGUGAAAUGCAUUAAUAACUAAGUCGAAACUACUGAGUGUGUUAAUAAUACUGAAUACUGAAUAAAUAAACAAGAUUC